AGCUCUAUACACCCGAUUCGCUUGGAUGGCAGAGAUUCAAUCAUUGCUUUCUGCUUUAGAUGUCUUUAGUCGGGCGCCCGACAAGACCUCGUUGGACAGUGCGAAUAAUUGGCUGCAGGAAUUCCAGCAUUCUCCGGAAGCAUGGUCAACAUGCAAUGUACUUCUCCUCUCUCCAGAUGCGCCACCAGCGGCGAAGCAGUUUGCGGCCCAAACGUUUCGGAUGAAGGUCACGUACGAUCUCCAUCAAGUAGAUGAGGCAAAUCUCCUCUCCCUGCGAGACACCCUUGUGACUGCUAUCGAACACUAUCACUCCGGGCCCCGUACGAUCCUGAUCCAGCUCUGCCUUGCGGUCUCAGGUCUUGCUCUACAAUUACCUGCAUGGCGUAAUCCGGUCGAAACAUUGAUCGAAAAGCUUGGAAAGAAUCCUGUCACCGUCCCUGCUCUGCUGCAUUUCUUGACGGUCCUACCCGAGGAGUUGACGACCAAUACCAAAAUCCCUGUCACAGACGACGAGUACAGGGAAAGAGCACAGACAAUCCUCACUGCAAAUGCGAAAACAGUGCUGGACCUCCUGUCCAUGUACAUCCAAGCCUCUGGUGUUACGUCUGCUAUUCAAGCGCAGAUCUUCAACUGCUUGCGCAGUUGGCUCGUGGCGGGUGAAAUAUCUGCUCAGGAAAUGGCUGCUACACCCCUUCUGGGGUAUGCAUUCGAAGCUCUUGCCUCCGAUGAAUUAUUUGAUGCCGCCGUGGACGUUAUAUGCGAUCUUAUCCACGAGACACAAGAAAUCGAGGACAACAUGCCGGUCAUCGAAGUGAUCGUGCCCCGUGUCAUCGCUCUCCGGCCCAAACUGCAGGAGGUGAAGGACGACGUCGACAAAGUCAAGGGGUACGCUCGAAUCUUCACUGAAGCAGGGGAGACAUAUCGUCUUCUGGUCCUGCAGCACACCGAGACCUUCUUCCCGAUAGUUGAAGCUAUUGGAGAAUGCUCAGCAUACCCAGACUUGGAUGUGGUUCCCAUCACGUUCCACUUCUGGAUGAGACUUGCUCAGAGCAUCGGAAAGAAACCAACGGUUUCCCCGCUGUUCCUCGAUGCAUACAAGACUCUCAUGGUUGUGAUAAUUCGGCACCUCCAUUUUCCGACUGACAUGGAGACACUGGUCGGGCAAGACGCGGAUGAUUUCCGGAGUUUCAGACACAUCAUGGGUGAUACUCUCAAGGACUGCUGUUAUGUUUUGGGGACGGAAACCUGCCUGAUGACGGCGUACGACAUGAUUGUUAAUGUCCUGGCUCGCGGUCCUAGUGGUGCAUCUUGGCAGGAAAUCGAAGCGCCCCUCUUCUCUAUGCGUUCUAUGGGUGCAGAAGUUGACCCGACGGAUAAGAAGGCUGUUCCGAAGAUAAUGGAUCUAAUCCCGACACUUCCAGACCAUCCCCGGAUUCGCUAUGCAGCUCUGCUCAUUAUUUCGCGAUACACGGAGUGGAUCAACGCACAUCCAGAAUAUAUCCAAUUUCAAUUGCAGUAUAUAUCUGCUGGCUUUGAGGCCGCGGAUGCGGAAGUGAAUGCUGCAGCGGGUCAAGCACUUAAAUACCUUUGUCAGGACUGCAGGCGGCACUUGGUUGAUUUCUUGCCUCAAUUGCAUACUUUCUUGAGCUCAGUAGGCGCUAAACUAUCCCAGGAAGACAAGAUGCAAGUUUAUGAAGCCAUUGCAUACGUUAUCUCUGCAAUGCCCAUGGAACAGGCUGCUCAAUCACUCCGCACGUUUUCUAUGGAUAUCCUUGCCAAAGUUCACGCUAUCGUAUCCAAGGGGUCUCCUGCCACCAAGCAAGAGUUACAGGACGUUUGUAAUGGACUGGAAAACUUGGAAGUCAUGUUGCACGUAGUACAGUCUUUCGGGGAAGAGUUGCCACCGUCAUGUCAAAACACUUGCCAUGAAGCAUGGACUAUCUUCGACGCGUUUCUCGCGGAAUAUCAGGCCGACUACGAAGUCUGCGAACGGGCAACCCGUGUGCUUCGGCAUGGCAUGCACUUCUUUGGGUCUGCGGUGCUCCCCAUUGCACCUUCAGUUCUCGCAAGGAUGUCCACUGCAUUCGAGAGAACAGGUCUACCAAGUUACAUUUGGAUUGCUGGGAAACUCAUCAAUAGGUUCGGAAAUGAGGAGAAUCCCGAGCUAAGGAACGCAUUCCGCGAUACAUACGAGCGGUCCACGACGAAGGUUGUGUCGCUUCUGCAACUGAAGGCUCCACAGGAUAUGCCAGACGUCAUGGAAGAUUAUCUUCGCCUCCUACUUCAAAUGAUUGACUAUACUCCUGAUCUAUUUUUCCAAUCAUCCGCCUUCCCUCUGGCCUUCCGGAUAGCUAUGGCUGCUCUGACCAUGAUUCAUUCCGAUAUCAUUUUCGCUUCACUGGAUCUAUUCCGUAUGAUGUUAACCCACGACUGCUUGGAUCCGCCUGCUGUCCCACCUCCUAAAUUCCCGAUUUACGCAGCCGCCAUACGCGCCGUCGUCGAGAAGGAAGGCCUGCAGCUUGUGGGCUACCUGUUGUCAGGUCUAGUGGGCGACUUUCCGGAGGACUCGACUUCCGUUGUGGUCACAAUAUUCCGCGUGCUUACUACGCUGUGGCCCACCCAAAUGCUUUCGUGGUUACCUCAAGUACUACAACAGCUACCAACAUCCGCCGCGCCUCAUCAAGUUAAGACCCAGUUCUUAGCAGACGUCACAGGGUGCAUAAAUUCGAAACAGCCGGACAGGGUGAAAUACGCAAUGCUCGCACUCCAUCGGGCCUCGCGAAGGGCGCGAGACCGGCGUCGAAUGGGACCCCUGGAUUCAUAAUGUGCUGUGCCUAUAUGGUGCACGUCGCCUGCACCCGUCUCUGUGUUUUGGUAUAAUUAGAAGUGCAUCUGUAAUGAGUAACUGUACAUUACCCAUGGAUGAGAAACCAUCUGAGAAAGUCUAAGUCAGC